AUUACACUCACCCCGGGGAAACCCGGAAGAUCUAACCCUCUGCGUGGCCAUGGUGGCCGCCUGCGCGCCACUGGUGGAGCAGAAGCGACGGAAGGGCCUCAAGAGGGCGCGGCCUCGGAAGAAACCUGCUGCUGGUUUUGAUCUCGCAGCGCUUUCUCCGGUCGAGGUGGAGGAGUGGCUGAAGUCCAUCGGCUUUGCCAAAGUGGCUGAAGCUGCGAGGUCGCGGGGUGUCUGUGGCUUAGCCUUGCCACAUUUGGGCCAUAGUGGCUGGGAAGAGCUGGGCAUUGCCAGUGCGGUUGACCGUGCAAAGAUCAUGGGAUACCUGGCCGAACUUGAAGAGAAUGGCUACGAGAAGAAUGCUGCUUCUUCGUCGCCACCGCCACCUGAUUCCGCUGAAACGCAUGGCGGGUCAGCGUGGCGACGCUUGAAGCAGCGCGUCCGGCGGAUGGACAUUGCAGUGCCGGUGGAUCACAAGAAGCUGUGGUUUGAAAAGAUGGCAAGGUCAGGAAAGGCGCCAGAAGAGAUCAAGGACUCACUGGCUGCGCAGAUGGAUUCCUACAACCUCCUGACGCUUCUUUUAUUGGCCACCGUGAUUCCCACCGCAACGGGGGUUUGCCAAGAGAUGCGCUGGGAUGAUCAAGGGUGGCCCUUGAGCCGGACGCGCUUUGCAUACCUGGUCUUCAGCGCAUUUUUCAGCUUUAUGCUUUAUGCUCACUUCGGUUGGUCGCACAUUGCCAGUGUGAUGGUGGCGGACGUGAGCAACGCGAACCUGCGCGUGUACAUGGAGUCCAUUGGAAUUCCAGUCUUGACGGAGCUGGGGAUGCUCUUUGCCAUGAACUUCUUCUGCUUCUUCUUUUGGGUGAUUUUUACCAUGGUCGCCCUCAUCUCGGAGGAUGCACACUGGAUAGUGUGGCUCAUUGUCGGUUUCGGCGUGGGCUUUGCCAGUUGGCUGGCAGUUCACUUCAUCUCCAAGGUCAUGGCACGGUCCGGCUUUGAGCACCAUCUCACUGCUUGCCCGUUCUAUUUGAGACUUCAGGCCCAUGCGGGCCUUUUCUCGAACGAUCCUAUCCCUAUCGAUCCCAGCUUACCACGGAGAACGCUGCUGGAACUCUUGUCGCAGCGGGCUCUGCAGGAGCUAGAUGGCAAACAGGAGGAAGCCAAAGAUCAUGGCGAUGGAUCUGAGCACCGCGAGGAAGCCGAAGAUCAUGGUGAUGGAUCUGAGCACCGCGAAGAGGGCGCGGCCACAGCUCGCGAGGCGGACGACGUCUUGUUUCACGCGGUGUCAGUGUGAAGCAACGCUGACCCGCAUCGUGCUGGUGAAAA